AUGGCAUCUCGUCAACAAAAUCGACAAGAACUUGACGACAGGGCAAGGCAUGGAGAGACUGUAGUUCCUGGUGGCACUGGUGGCAAGAGCCUUGAGGCUCAGGAACACCUUGCUGAAGGGAGGAGCAGAGGGGGCCAAACAAGGAAGGAGCAGCUAGGAACAGAAGGGUAUCAAGAGAUGGGGCGCAAGGGUGGGUUGAGCACAAUGGACAAAUCAGGAGGAGAGCGUGCUCAAGAGGAGGGUGUUGACAUCGAUGAGUCCAAGUUCAGGACUGGUAGUAAGAAUCAGAACCAGUGA